UUGGACUCCCGUGUCCCAGCGAGCGUUCUGGGGGCGGGGCAAUGUCGGAGGGGCGGGUCAAGGAGAAGUGGUGCAUGCGCAAUGGGUCUCGUUCUGCGUGGUUGGGGCGUGGCCACCCGGAAAGAGGCGGACUAGGGUGGAGCAUGCGCAGCGCCGGUGUGCCGUUAGCUGCUUAAGUUUGCGCGGGGCCGCGGCGAACCUUCGGGAAGCUUUCGCCCGCUGUUCAGCUGAGGUAAAAGUUUUCCGUGUGGCCCCAGUCAGGGUCUCUUGCUCUCUCGGCCGCUCCAGUAUGGCUCCCACUGGCUCAUCCGCCUCCCCUGAGGAGCUCAGGGCCGGCAUUAAGCGGCUGAUCGAUUCGCACCUGGUGGUGGUGUUCAGUAAGAGCUUCUGCCCGUACUGCAAGAAGGUUAAAGAUCUAUUUGAAAGCCUGGAUGUUGAUAUUCAUACUGUGGAACUAGACUUAAUAGACGAGGGAGUUGAAAUGCAGAACAUGUUGCAUGAGAUGACUGGCCAGAAGACUGUUCCUAACGUAUUUGUUAAUAAGGCUCAUUUGGGUGGCUGUGAUAGCACCAUACAGGCUAAUGAUGAUGGCUUGUUGAAGAGACUCUUGGAUGGAGGUGAAAUGUACGAUUAUGAUCUCAUAGUCAUUGGCGGUGGUUCUGGAGGACUUGCAGCCUCAAAGGAGGCUGCCAACUUUGGAAGGAAAGUCUUGGUGUUUGAUUAUGUUGUGCCGACGCCUUUGGGAACAUCCUGGGGUCUUGGUGGUACGUGUGUAAAUGUAGGGUGCAUUCCAAAGAAGCUGAUGCACCAGGCAGCUCUCCUCGGGCAAGGCUUAAAGGAUUCCCGCAAGUUUGGCUGGGAGUUUGGAGAUGCAGUUGAGCACAACUGGGCCAAAAUGAAAGAAGCAAUCCAGAACUACAUUGGCUCUUUGAACUGGGGUUACAGAGUGGCUCUACGGGAUAAGAAAAUAACCUACAUUAACUCCUAUGCCGAGUUUGUGGAACCACAUAAGAUAAAGGCAACCAGCAAACGGGGCAAAGUGACCUUCCAUUCAGCAGAAAGAUUCAUCAUUGCAACAGGCGAAAGACCGCGUUAUUUAAAUAUACCAGGAGAUAAAGAAUACUGCAUAACCAGUGACGAUCUCUUUUCACUGCCUUAUUGCCCAGGGAAGACUCUGGUUGUGGGUGCUUCCUAUGUCGCACUGGAAUGUGCAGGAUUCCUUGCUGGCCUGGGAUUGGAUGUGACUGUUAUGGUGCGCUCAAUUCUCCUGCGAGGAUUUGACCAGGAAAUGGCAGGAAAAGUAGGAGAGCAUAUGGAAAGUCACGGGGUGAAAUUUCUGAAGAAAUAUGUACCGAUUAAGGUUGAACAGCUGGAGGCUGGAACUCCUGGGAGACUCAAAGUAACUGCAAAGUCCACAACGAGUAGAGAGGUCAUUACUGGAGAAUAUAAUACUGUGCUAAUUGCUGUGGGCCGUGAUGCUUGCACCAAGUCCCUUGGCUUGGAGAAAGUUGGUGUUAAUCUCAAUGAAAAAAAUGGAAAAAUGUUGGUGGACAGUGAAGAAAGGUCCAGUGUGCCUUAUAUUUAUGGCAUAGGCGAUGUUAUUGAUGGCAAGUUGGAACUCACCCCUGUUGCCAUUCAAGCUGGGAAGUUGCUUGCUCGCAGACUCUAUGCAGGUUCUACCGUGAAGUGUGACUAUGUCAAUGUAUGCACCACAGUCUUUACGCCUUUGGAGUAUGGAUGCUGUGGGCUGUCUGAGGAAAGUGCAAAAACACUUUAUGGAGAGGAGGUCAUUGAGGUAUAUCACAGCAUAUUCUGGCCAUUGGAAUGGGUCUUACCUGGAAGAGAUAAGAAUGCUUGUUAUGGCAAGGUGAUUUGCUCGAAGUCAGAUAAUAAUAAGGUGGUGGGAUUCCAUGUUCUUGGUCCGAAUGCUGGUGAAAUCACACAAGGAUUUGGUGCGGCAAUGAAGUGUGGCAUGACCAAAGACCAGCUGAACAAUGUCAUUGGCAUUCAUCCAACCUGUGCAGAGGUGUUCACAACAAUGGAAAUAACGAAACGAUCCGGGGUGGACAUUACCAAGAAAGGAGGAUGCUGAGGUUAAGCCCUGCUGUUGUAAUGCUGUUGCCUUGUGUGCAUUGUUACUGCUGUAAGGCUUGGUCAACUUGCAUCUUGCCUCCUACUCAGGUAAAACUAACACCAAGAAUAACCAGUGACAAAGCACUGUGAAACGGCUUUCCUUGCUGCAGUGCCUUGCCUUGAGUUCUGCCACAGCAGAGGAUCACGGAUGUACAUGGGGCAUACGACACAACAGCGGGGUAAACCUCGGUGUGAACUUUAUCACCAGAUCUGCUUGGAAGGGCACUGACUUGGAAGGGCCUGUGCCUCCUUGAAGUUUUGGCCUGGAAUCUGGUACAAGGUGGGCCAAGAUGGAUGACUAACAAGCAGGGUCUGGAACUUCUACGUCCACUCGGCUGAUUGCGCUUCCUUCUCUAGUGAGACUUCAGUCUUGUGUAACAGCCUAGUCUCCUGAGAUAUUACUCUGUUUUUUAAGUGUUGGGCUGCUGAUGGGAAUGUUUUUGUUUCAUUAUAGUGUAGCUAAUUAGCAUCAUUGGAUUAUUGUAAGUUUUUUUUUUAAUCAAGAAUUUGUAAAAGAAUAUCCAUGUUUGAUUAUUAGAUGCUCUACAAUAUUGAUCUUUUAUCAUAAAGUAUACUGAUUAUGGUUUGGGAAGCAUAUGUUUGAUUAUUUUGUAAUAUGAGGAACUGCCCUGUUUAUAAUGGUCUCUACUUUUUAAUCUUAAAGUCCAAUAGGAGUAAGCAAUCUCUGACCAAUCUUGCAAUUGUUCUUGUAUGUCAGAAUGUGUGAAUCUAGAAAAUUCUUUCUACAGAAAUUUUAUUUAAAAUCUGAUUCUGCAGUAGAAUUGUAAGCUUCCAUAAAAGUUCAUUGACUUUUUUUUUUGCCUUGUUCUCUUUGUUAUUUGAGGAAGUGGUCACGGUCUGUUUAAUUCUGUUUGUAGCUCUUGCUGGUGACUUGUAGACCAUUUGUUUUAGAACCAGGCAGUUUCUGCUCCUUAGUGUGACAUGUUGAAAUCGCCUAUGUAUUCAGAUGCUUUCGUUUCCUUGUCUUUCUGCUCAUUUUUAAUUGGGAACAUUUGCAAACCAAGGUCAGAUUAAAUGCAUGCACUGUCACAUUUUUUUUUGUGGUAGUGUAUAUUUUUGGGUAAGCACACAAGUGCUUGGAUAUUUAAUUGGAAUGAUAGCUGACUUGCAUUUAUUUAUCACUGGUGCCUGUCUGAUCAGAACUUUUUGUCAAGAUUUUGUGUAUUCCACCUCAAGCAGCACUAACUGAAAUUUUCUAUUGUGAACAAAGUUUGUUAUCCAAAAUACAUUUAAUAAAAUCUAUACCAAAUUUAAUAGUGUGUAAGGAAUGCCUUUCUGAUGAGGCAACUAGACUGUACUAGGCUUAAAAAUUAAUCUUUCUCUCAGUGGCACAGUUCAACUGAAAGCAGCUGUUAAUACCGACCAUACUUGGAAAACUUGUUCUUUUCAUGAGUAUAAGUUUGUAACUUUUUUCCAAUAUAGUGGGUUCCUGUUAAUUAGAUAAUCGAUCUAUUAAGCCAGCCACUUACUUUUUGGACAACUCUUAAAGAACGAAAACUAAUCGAUAAAAUAGCUGGGAUUCCCUUUGUUUAUUUGGGACACUGCUGCUAUAUUGGGGCAGGAGACUGGUUUUUUUUUUAGUUUCUAACUAGCGUCAAUUGUGUGCACCUCUGUGGCCAUUAGACAUUUGACAAUGCUUAGAGUAAACAGUUUUUAAAAAGUGUUAGGUGUGUGUAUUUGUGUUGGAAAAAGCAGUGAUCUGUGUCACUGAUAGUUGGUGAGAAAUGAGCAGCAAGACAAUUCAGAACUGUUUUGCUCACUGCAGUUUCAAGCACUGAGGCUUGAAGAUGCCAGAAACAACUGGAAGAGAAAAUGAAACUUUCACUACUUCAAGUUGGGAACUAUGAAGAAUUAGAAGGUAUCAACAAUGAUCUUGAAUGACACAAUGAAAGGGAAGAUUUGAAGGAUGCAGUCGUCAAAAGCAUUGUAUGAAGGUAGUCUAUUAUCUGCACUUGGUGACUGCACAGAUUUUGUUCAUUUACAGUCAAAAGAAUAGCAGUGUACCUGAAUUCCUCCCAAUAAUUAUUAGGAAUUAAUACAGUUUUAUAGUAUUGUAGAGGUAUUGGUAAUGUUCUGAUUUGUUCUGUAUUUCAUUUCAAAACAUUACCUUUUUUGUAUUUACUUUAAUUAUUUCCAUGAAACUUCAGCUAAUUAGGGUAGUCACUUAACUGGGCCAAAGUAUACUGGUCCAAAAUCCACUAUUUUUCAUUUUUAAAUUAUAAAAUGUCAGUGCUUACAAAUAUAGUCAUUUGCAAAUUUCCUAUCAGCUAUUUGGAUCAUUUUGCCAAAGCUAGACUCCAAAGUUUUAUAAAAAUGAGAUUCUACAGAUGCUGGAAAUCCAGAGUGCGCACACAAAAUGCUGGAAGAAUUUAGCAGGUCAGGCAGUAAAAGGAAUAAAGAGUCCGUGUUUCGGGCCAGGAUCCUUCAUCACCCUCAAUCUAUGACUUCUAGUUCUAGUCUCAACCAGCCUCUGGAAAAAGCCUGCUUGCCUUUACCUUGUAUAUACCCACCAUAAUUUUGUAUGUCUUUAUAUCUAUCACUUUCUUUCCUGCCUACUUACUUUAACCUUUCACCAUACUUGUCAGAUAUCUAUCUACCUCUCCAGAAGAAGUGCCUCGGCCCAAACCAUUGACUAUCUAUUCAUUUCCAUGGAUGCUUCCUGACCUGAGUUCCUCCAGCAUUUUGUGUGUGUGUGUGUGUGUGUAUGUGUGUGUGUGUGUCUUUCUCUCUCUCUCUCUCUCUCUCUCUCUCUUUGGAUUUCCAGCAGCUGCAGACGUUCUCCUAUAUAUCUACCUCUAUCUUGAUAAUAUUCAGAGACCCUUCCUCGAGCUGUAGAAACAAUUACAAGAAAAAUUGAGACCCUUUAAGUAAACAUUUUCUCAUGCCUUUAGUAACCUGACCCUUUUUUUUUUAAAAAAAAAGUGAAUUUGAGUUUGGAAUUCUUCCACAAGCUGAAGCAUCUUUGGUACAAUCACCAUGCAAAAUCUCUUGAGGAUUUUGAACAUUCCAAAUAAUUCCUCUCACUCACUUAAGAAGUCUAGUAUCCAACCUCUCCUUUUCUAGACUGGAUGGUAGCUGCUUCCAAUGUAUUGACAUCCUACAUUGAAAAAGGAGUCCACUGUUUGAGCUGUGGUAUCAACAAUGCCAUAUGUAAAUGAAGCAUGUCCUCCUACCUUUGUAUUCAAUUCACCUCUGCUUCCUGUGGAUGGCCCAUUUCUGUUCUAAGUGUUUGCAGGUGACCACCCUUGUGGGCUGUAUUUCAGAUGAUGGAGCCUCAGUACAGGAAGAAGGUGGAGAUGGUGACUUGACAACAACCUUUCCUUCUGACUCAGAAGAGCAAAAGAUCUGGUUAUUGUCUUCAGAAAGGGAGGUGGUGCACUUGCUCCUAUCUCCAUUAAUGAUUCUGAGGUUGAGAGCAUCACGUUCCUAGGAGCCAACAUCAUCAACAGCCUGUCCUGGUCCAAGUACAUUGAUACCACAACCAAUAAAGCUCACCAGUUAAUUGGGUGGCUAAAGAAACUUGGCUUGUCCUAAUAUCCAGAUACAUGGCAUGGCAUGGCAACCCUAAAACCAUGAGAAACAGAGUUGUGGACACAGCUCAAAACAUCAUGGAAAUCACACUUCUCACUGUAAAGCAGCCAGCAUAAUCAAAGUCUCCAGCCACCUGGACAUUCUCAUCCCUCACCUACCCCAUUAGGACACAAAUGACUGAAUGCUCAAGGACAGAUUUUAUCCUGUUCUUAUAAGACUAUUGAAGAUCCUUUGUUAUGAAAAGUCUACAUCAUGAUCUUGCAUCUUAUGAUCUGCCUGUACUGCACUUUCUCUGUUACAUGUUAUUCUGCCUUCUUUUACUGUUUUUCCUUGUACUUAACGUACUGUGUAAUGAAUUGAUCUGUAUGAAUGGCAUGGAAGUCCUUUUUGCUGUACUCCAGUACAUUUAUUGCAAUAAUAAACCAAUUUACCAAUAAAGAAGAAACAUAGUUUUACUCACCCUUGAUUCAGCAUCCCUCUACCUGUGCAAAUACUUCUGUGUUUGUCAAAAGCGAAAGAAUUCUUUAGACUUUAGACAUACUGAAGAAAAACAAUAUCCCAUCUACACUAAAUUUACUAGCACUUGGUUUCAGGCUAGGCAAUUCAACUGUUCAAAGUUCAAAGUAAAUUUUGUUAUCAAAGUACAUGUCAGCAUAUAUUGCCCUGAGAUUCCUUUUCCUGUGGGCAUACUCAGCAAAUCUAUAGGAUGGUAAUUAUAACAGUUUCAAUGAAAGAUCAACCAAGGUGCACAAGACGACAAACUGCAAAUGAGAAAAAUAUUGAGCAAUAAAUAAUGAGAACAUGAGAUGAAGUGUCCUUAAAGUAAGAUCAUUGGUUGUAGGAACAGUUCGAUGAUGGAGCAAAUGAGUGUAGUUAUUCCCUCCAAUUCAAGAGCCUGAUGGCUGAGGGAGUAGUAACUGUUGAGUCCUGAGGCUCUUUUACCUUCUACCUGAUGGCAGCAAUGAGAAGAGAUGAUGGCCUGGGUGGUGUGUAUCUCUGAUGAUGGAUGCUAAUUUCCUACAACAGUGUUGCAAGUGUGUGUGCUCAAUUGUCGGGAGGGCUUUACCUGUGAUGUAGCGGGCCAAAUCCACUACUGUUUGUUUGUAGGAUUUUCCAUUCAAAGGCAUUGGUGUUUCCACACCAGGCGGUGAUGCAGCCAGUCAAUGUAUUCUCCACUACACAUUUCUAAAAGUUACAUUUAAGGUUGCAACAGUUUACUGAAAAUUGUCUCUCCUACAAUUAGUAGCCAUUUUAUAAGGUACCUCCUAGACCUAAUAAAGUGGCUACUGAGUAUGUUUGUCAUCUGCUACUAUAGCCCAUUCACUUCAAGGUCUGAUAUGUGUUCAGGGAUGCACGCUACUGUUGUAAUGUGGUCAUUUGAUUUAUUGUUACCUUCCUGUCAGUUUGAACGAGGCUGUCAUUCUCCUCUGACCUCUUAUUAAUAGAGUAUUCACCCAUGGACCUGCUGCUCACUGGAUGUUUUUUGUUUUUCCACACCGUUAUAUGGCCCAAUCCAUCACUGGUAAAGUUCUCACAAAUCUAUAUGAAAUGCUGUCGCAGGAAAGCAGGAUCCAUCAUCAGGGACCCCCACCACUCGGGAUGUAAGACACAGGAGCAGAAUUAGGCCAUUCAACCCAUUGAAUCUGCUCCACCAUUCCAUCAUGGCUGAUCCUGGAUCCCACUGGACCCCAUACACCUGCUGUCUUGCCAUAUCCUUUGAUGCCCUGACCAAACAGGAAAUGAUAACUGUGGUAGAGCAUUGGACGGAUUCACGACUCUCUGGCUAAAAAAAAAAUCCUCCUUCCUUCUGUUCUAAAAAGUUGCCCCUUGAUUGAGGCUGUGCCCUCUAAUUCUGGAUGCCCCCACCAUAGGAAACAUUCUCUGCACAUCCACCCUAUCUAGUCCUUUCAACAUUCAGUAAAUUUCAAUGAGAUCCCCCACCGCAUUCUAUAUUCCAAUGAGUUAAGUCCCAAAACUGCCAAACGCUCCUCAUUUGUUAACCACUUCAUUCCUGGAGUCAUCCUCGUAAACCUCCUCGAGAAUCUCUCCAACGCCAACACUUCCUUUCUGAGAUAUGGGGCCCAAAACUGUUGACAAUAUUCAAAGUGUAGUGUGGCUAAUGUCUUAAAAAGCCUCAGCAUUAUCUUGUUGCUUUUAUAGUCUGUUCCCCUUGAAAUAAAUACCAACAUUGCAUUUGCUUUCUUUACCACAGACUUAACCUUCUGGGAGUUUUGCAUUCCUAAAUCCCUCUGCACCUCUGUUUGAAAUUUUUCCCUAUUUUAGUCCACACUAAUGUUCCUUUUACCAAAAUGCAUUUUUGCACAUUUCCCAACACUUGCAUCUGCCACUUUUUUGCCCAUUCUUACAAUUUGUCUAAGUCCUUCUGCAAUCACAUUGCUUCCUCAGCACUACCUACCUCUCCACCUAUCAUCCACAAACUUUGCCACAAACCAAUCAAUUUCAUACUCCAAAUCAUUGACAAGCAAUGUGAAAAGGAGUAGUCCCAUUACUGACCCCUGAGGAACACCACUAGUCACUGGCAGCCAACCAGAAAGGUCCCCUCUAUUCUCAUUCACUGCUUCCUGCCUGUCAGCCAUUCCUCAUUCUAUGCCUUUAUCUUUCCUGUAAUGCCAUAGGAUUUUAUCUUGUUAAGCUGCCUCAUGUGGCACCCUAUCAAAUGCCUUCUGGAAAUCCAACUAAAUGACAUCCACUGCCUCUCCUUUGACUACUGUAUGUGUUACUUCUUCAAAGAACUCUUGUCAGGCAAGAUUUCCCUUUACAGAAACCAUGCUGACUUUGACUUAUUUUAUCAUUAGUCUCCAAAACCUUAUCCUUAAUAAUAGACUCCAACACUUUCCCAACCAUUGAGGUUAGACUAACUGGCCUAUAAUUUUUUUUUGUCUUCCUCCCUUCUUAAAGAGUGGAGUGACAUUUGCAAUCUUCCAGUCCUUCAGGAAUAUGCCAGAAUUAAGUGAUUCUUGAAAGAGCAUGACCAAUGCAUCUGUUAGCUCUUCAGCAACCACUCUCAGGACUCUGGGAUGUAGUCCAUCUGGUCCAGGUGACUUAUCCACAUUAAGCCUUUGAGUUUGCCUAGCACUUCUUCCUUUGUAAUAGCAAUGGCACUCACUCACGGACUUCUGGCACACUACUAGUGUCUUCCACAGUGAAGACUGAUGCAAAAUACCCAUUCAGUUCAUCUGCCAUUUUUUAUCCCCCAUUACUACCUCACCGGCAUCAUUUUCCAGUAGUCUAAUAUCAGCUCUCAUCUCUCUUAUACUCUUUAAAUAACUGAAAAAACUUCUGGUAAUAUGCUUUAUAUUAUUGGCUAGUUUGCCCUCAUAUUUCAUUUUUUUUCCUUUCUUAUAGCUUUUUUAGUUGCCUUUUGUUGGAUUUUAAAAGCUUCCCAAUCAUCCAACUUUCCAGUCACUUUUGUUAUCUUAAAUGCCCUUUCCUUGUCUUUUAUGCAGUUCUUAACUUCCCUUGUCUUAUCCCUGCCAUUUGAUAACAACUUCUUCUGUGGGACAUAUCUAUCCUGGACCUUGUGAGCUAUUCCCGGAAACUUCAGCCAACUCUGCUCUGCCUUCAUCCCUACCAGUAUCCCCCCUCCAACCCACCUGGGAAAGCUCCCUCGCAUGUCUCUAAUUCCCUUUGUUCCAUUGUGAUACUGAUACAUGAGACUUGUGCUUCUCCCUCUCAAACUGUAGUAUGAAUUCAAUCAUAUUAUGAUCACUGUCUCCCAGGGGUUCCAUCUCUCCAAAGAGUAAAGCCCUAGCUCCCUUAAUCUCUGAUUAUAAUGCACACUCUGUAAACCAGGCAGCGUCCUGGUAAAUCUCCUCUGUACCCUUUCCAAUGCUUCCACAUCCUUCCUAUAGUGAGGCGACCAGAACUGGACACAGUACUCCCAAGUGUGGCCUAACCAAAGUUUUAUAGAGCUGCAUCAUUACCCCAUGACUCUUAAACUCUAUCCCUCAACUUAUGAAAGCUAACACUCCAUAAGCUUUCUUAACUACCCUAUCUACCUGUGAGGCAACUUUCAGAGAUCUGUGGACAUGUACCCCCCCCCCCCACCCACCCAGAUCCCUCUGCUGCUCCACACUUCCAAGUAUCCUUUCAAGGACUCUUCAUCUCAUGUUCUUGAUAUAUAUCUUGCUUUAUUAUUAUCAUCAUUAUUUCAUUUUCUAAUUGCACAGUUUGUCUUCUGCAGUCUGUUUAAAUAGACAUACUUCAUUGAUCCCGAGGGAAAUUGGGUUUCGUUACAGCCUAGAUGGGUGGUCUUUCAUUCACUUGUUCUUCUACAGAUUUAUUGAGUAUGCCCACAAGAAAAUGAAUCUCAGGGUUGUGUUAGGUGACAUAUAUGUACUUUAAUAAUACACUUACUUUGAACUUUGUAAACUCUAGAAGACUGUUGUGCAUGAAAAUACCAGGAGAUCAGCAGUUUCUGAGAUGCUCAAACCAUUAACAAUUACUCCAUGGUCAAAGCUACUUGAUAUGCUGCCACAUGACUAGCUGAUUAGAUGUUCACAUUAUUGAGCAGGUGUAUCUACUCAUGGGGCCACUGGGUACACAUUCUUAAAUUUGUUUUUUUUUUGUGGCAGAGGUACAGUGCAUUACAGAAUGCAUGGCAAUACUUGCAAGCUGUCACUGAACGUAGAUUGUGUUUGUUAACGCAAACAACACAUUUCCCUGUACCUUUAAAUGUACAUUUAGAUAAAUGUAAAUAAACUUUCCCCUCUAACUUU